CUUUACCCUGACAAGACACUAGCGAAUGUUCAACGUAACAAGCUCGCCCGCCGACGUCGGCUUCACGUCGCCUCCCAUGGUUUGACCCUCGACAAUUACACGGCCGCCACGAGCCUGAGGUGGCCGGAGCCCCCGCUACUUCACGUGCAAACACCCCGCGAUACUUGUCCUCGCCCGCCCAUUGGCCAGAUCCUUAUCAGUAGAAAAAGUGCACACCAUGGUUUGCAUCAACAUGGCGUGCAGUAGAGCCCAUUGACCACUGAGAAGGGUCCAUGACCCCAAUCUUCCGGCCUCUGUGACGUACUCAAAUCGAGUGCGACUUUCUCCCGUACCGUCACCGCGAGCCCAGGCGAACUAUCUAGCUUCCGUCAACUGUAAUUAUAUAUACCAGACUGUCUCUCCUGUGCCUUCUCUCCAUCAACCUUUGACUCUUCAACUGUGUCGGUUUCUGUCACUCUACUUCUUCCACCAGUCACCAAUACAAUCCAUCAAAUCACAAUGUCUGAGCCUGAGUUUGAGCAAGCCAGGAAGGAGCUCGUCUCCACCCUCGAGGCCUCCUCCCUCUUCUCCAAGAACCCCGAAUACAAGAAGGCUCUCGAGGUCGUCUCCGUCCCCGAGCGCAUCAUCCAGUUCCGCGUUGUCUGGGAGAACGACAAGGGCGAGUGCCAGGUCCAGAAGGGAUACCGCGUGCAAUUCAACUCCGCUCUCGGUCCCUACAAGGGCGGUCUCCGCUUCCACCCUACCGUCAACCUAUCCAUCCUCAAGUUCUUGGGUUUUGAGCAGAUCUUCAAGAAUGCUCUCACCGGCCUCAACAUGGGCGGUGGCAAGGGAGGAUGCGACUUCGACCCCAAGGGCAAGUCCGACAACGAGAUCCGCAAGUUCUGCGUUGCCUUCAUGAGGGAGCUCAACAAGCACAUCGGUGCCGACACAGACGUACCUGCGGGCGACAUCGGCGUUGGUGGUCGCGAGAUCGGUUACCUCUUUGGCGCAUACCGAGCGGAGCGCAACCGCUGGGAGGGUGUCCUCACUGGCAAGGGCGGCUCAUGGGGAGGUUCCCUGAUCCGUCCCGAGGCCACCGGUUACGGUCUCGUAUACUACGUUGAGCACAUGAUCAACUACGCGUCUGGAGGAAAGGAGUCCUUCAAGGGCAAGCGCGUCGCCCUCUCUGGUUCCGGAAACGUCGCUCAGUACGCUGCUCUCAAGCUCAUCGAGCUUGGCGCAACCGUCAUCUCCCUCAGUGACAGCAAGGGUGCUUUGAUCGCCGAAGACGACAAGGGCUUCACUCCCGAGGUCAUCAACCAGAUCGCCGCCCUCAAGCUGGAGCGCAAGGCUCUUACUGCCCUGGAGAACCACAACUUCAAGUAUAUUGAGGGUGCCCGCCCAUGGAAGGAGGUCAAGAAGGUUGACGUUGCUCUUCCUUCGGCGACCCAGAACGAAGUCUCCGAGGACGAGGCCAAGGCUCUUAUUGAGUCUGGCGCCAAGUUCAUCGCUGAGGGUUCCAACAUGGGUUGCACACAGGAGGCCAUUGAGGUCUUCGAGGCUCACCGUCGCGAGAAGAAGGGUGAGGCCAUCUGGUACGCACCCGGAAAGGCCGCCAACGCUGGUGGUGUCGCCGUCUCUGGUCUCGAGAUGGCCCAGAACUCUCAGCGUCUGUCAUGGACUGCCGAGGAGGUUGACGAGAAGCUCAAGGGCAUCAUGAAGGACUGCUUCGAGAACUGCCUGGGUACCGCCAAGGAGUACUUCACUCCUGCCGAGGGCGAGUUCCCAUCCCUCGUUGGUGGUGCUAACGUCGCCGGUUUCCGCAAGGUCGCUGCUGCCAUGCACGACCAGGGUGACUGGUGGUGAACGGGUCGCUACUAAGCGGGCUGCCUUUUGUAUAUGAUACCUUACGAUACCUUCUCAUUGGAUUUGGCGUUCGGAAGCUGGAUGCUUCCACUUGUACAUAGAUACCUUACAUGAAUAUGAUCAUGAUACACUUCAUCAUCUACUCUCUCAUUCUGUGAGCCUGAUGCUUGCUUUACAAGCGCGCCUUCCCAAUACACUGUAUUCACACAAGCUCUUUCCCAGCCAAAACCGGGACUUGUACCCGAUGAACUUUAAGGCGCACUUGCCAGCUGUGGCAUGAAUCCAAGAAAGGUAAUCAUCUUCGAAGCACAAGCAUGAUCGCGAGUCAAAAAUUCAUCACGUCA